UCCUAUUCUACUCAGCAUACUGCAAGUACAAUCCAAUUACUAUCAAGUGGAUACUCAUGGCCUUCCAAUUUAAGAGCGUGUUAAUCACUGGAGCGAAUCGAGGACUGGGACUCGAAUUUGUCAAGCAAUUAGCCAAAGCAUCGCCGUCUCCCAAAUAUAUCUUUGCUACUUGUCGCUCUCCAGAGGGUGAUACUGUUAAGAACUUAAGAGAACUCGCCGCUAGUCAUAGCAAUGUGACGAUCAUUAAACUAGAUGCUUCGGAUAAACAAUCUAUUGAAAAUUCAGCAGCUGCAGUCAAAGAGAAGUUAGGUGAUGAAGGGCUUGAUCUGAUAAUUAAUAACGCAGGAAUUGGAGCACCUGGAAAACUAUUGCAAGUUACAAAUGAAGAUAUGAUUCGUGUUUAUCAAACUAACGUUAUCGGACCACUCAAUGUCGUACAGGCCUAUCACUCCUUAAUAACAAAAGCAGGAAAGAAAAAAGGAUUUGCAGCCGUGAUCAAUAUGUCGAGCUGGCUAGGAUCAUGCGAGCAAACAUCUACCGGUGGAUUUUAUCCGUACGGUGUUUCUAAGGGUGCAAUGAAUAGAAUGACGAGAGCAUUAAGCUAUGAUUUGAUUGGUGAUAACGUCAUUGCCGUGAGUAUGAAUCCGGGAUGGGUUAAGACUGACCUUGGUUCACAAAAUGCAACACUAACUACGGAAGAAUCGAUUAAAAAAAUGCUUAAAGUGAUUAGAUCUUUGGACAAGAAUAAGAAUGGAACAUUUUGCGACUACAACGGACAAAUCGUCCCGUGGUAA